GACAGAGUGUUGAUGUCUUCUGAAUAUUUGAAAAAUGAUGAACGGAUUUUGUUGGGGUAUUGCAUGAUAGUCUUUAGGACACUUAAGCAUAUUUCAAUCAUUUUAGGAUCUGUUGAUGACGACAAUGCUAAAUUUAAGAGAAUCUCCUCGGUUCCAUAUUUGUCAAGAUCUUGUACGAGAUCCUCAGUUCCUUUUGCCAAUGAAUUUAUGAUAAUCAAGACAUUAAGACGAAGAUACAAUGGUUUAUUUUCAUUCUGGAUGAUCGUUAAUAGACGAGGAACGACUCCUUGUUGUAUGAUGAAUUUCUUCUGUUUAUUGGACCCAAUUACGAGAUUUUUAAUCUUAUUUGUGGCCUCAAAACAUGCUUCAUCAUUAUCCGAAAACAAAUUAUCCAUAUAUGAUCGAAAGCUCUCAACUUCCUAUAUGAAUAAUAUAAGAAUCCAGCGAUAAGUAUAAAUGCAUAAUAGUACAUUAGAGGGAAAAUAAUCUGAAUGUCAAGGUUAUGUUAUCAUUAACUUCUCACAACUUUCUAUUCAUUAAAUCUCUUAAAAACACAAUAUAAUACUAAUUAAUGACUUAAAAGUCAUUAAUAUGAUCUUUUUGCAUGUCUGAAUUUCAAAAUUUGACGAAAGAUCCAGAACUUUUGAGCAAAAAUUUUGCCGAUUUUUCAUUUUCAAUUCUUACCAUAAAACAGCAUAUUUCCAUUGCCAUUCUUAUACAUUCAGUCAGGGGAAAAACAAUGUUGCGAAAUUGUCAGAGAAUCUUUUUGCGCAUUUACUCACCAAAAUCUUUAAUUCACUCUCAUUAUUCAAAUAUGUCUUCUGCAUUAGUUAUUUUGCCAUCUGGAGCUGAAGAAAUCGAGUUUGUAGGCACAGUUGAUCUUUUGAGACGUGCAGGCAUUACAGUGACAGUAGGUGGAUUAGAUGGAAAAGAUCCAGUAAAAUGCUCACGGGAUGUCCUGAUUGUUCCAGAUGUUGAUUUGAAGGAUGUAGCAAAGAGUCAAUUCGAUGCUAUUGUUCUUCCUGGUGGAUUAGGUGCUGCUAAAUCUAUGUCUGAAUCAUCCCUUACAGGCGAAAUUCUAAAGAAUCAAGAAAAAGAAGGCAAACUUAUUGCUGCAAUUUGUGCAUCUCCAGCUAUGGUAUUUAAAGCUCACGAAAUUGGACAAAACAAGAAGAUUACAUGCUAUCCAUCAUUCAAGGACGAUUUAGGAAGCAAAUACACAUUUGUUGAUGAAAAGGUUGUUCAAGAUGGUCAAUUAAUUACUUCGCAAGGUCCUUCAACAGUUUUUGAUUUCGCCUUGAAAGUCAUUGAACAUUUAUGUGGAAAAGACAAGUCUGAUACCGUUGCAAAGCAAAUUUUAUACAAAUAAAAACUCAAAAUUUAUAAUUACUAAUAUGUAGCUUGAUCUCUGCAUUCUGAAAAUAAAGAUCUAAGUCAAUUUUGGAAUAA